GGGAUGUGUAAACGGUAACCGGCUUGUACUCAUAAUUGUCACCAUACACUUUUUUCGAUGCUCAAAGAUUGACAGGAGUGCGCCGAGAACGUCCGAAAAAAAAUGAGAAAGCAAGUUCUUAGUUUAACGGAGUCGGCAGCGGCUAGAAUACGCCAGCUGUUAGAGCAUCGCCAGCGGACUUUCCUCAAGCUCGGCGUCAAGGCUCGCGGCUGCAACGGCUUAUCCUACACCCUCAAUUAUGCAGACGAGAAAGCGAAGUUCGAUGAAUUGGUUGAAGAUAAGGGUGUGAAGAUAUUGAUCGAUCCGAAGGCGCUCAUGCAUGUUCUAGGAACCCAGAUGGACUUUAUUGAUGACAAGCUCAGAUCUGAGUUUAUCUUUGUCAAUCCAAAUGCUACAGGAAAGUGCGGCUGUGGAGAAUCUUUCAUGACCACAACUAGUGCACAAGCCGCUAAGAUUCAUCAUGGUAAAUCAGGAUCAUAAUAAACUUAGUUUCCAGGUUCCAUGUAAAUAAGUAUACCUGAUGAGGUUUUCCUACAUGUAAUACAUUUGAAGUGGCAAAUCUCCAGUUUGUAUGAUAUUUGCUACUGCCAUUUUUUCGGCUCAACUCAGUUCUGUGUUGUACAAUAAAGAAGUUAAAGGUUUCCUUGUUAUUGUUCUACUCCAUGAUGCUCUGUGUUCUCAUAA